CCUUCCAGUUGAAGGCAGCCUAGUCUCUCAGCCAGCCAGAUUCGGGCGAUUUUGCUUUCUCCUCGAAAAACAGGAAGCAGUUUCUCUCUCUCUUUCCUUUGUUCACUUUGUGGUUGUGUGUGGUUUAAUGUAAAUACAUAAAAAUGGUUUUCGCACAAAUAAGGAUUUUUUUCUGAAGGGGUGGAUUUUCUAACUUUCUUUUCACACCUCAAGGAAAAAACUUUAAAAAAAAUUAAUGUGCGUGAUAUAAUAAAUUACUGGCCUAAAACGACCCUUUCUAUUUCACCCUUUCCCCCCGUGAUGCAUCCUAAUUGUUUACUUUUCAUCAAGUUUAUUACCCAAAUAUCAACUAAGGAGUGGAGUGGGGUGUCCUAAAUUUGUCGGAGCUGUGGCGGUGACACUCCCACUGUCCUUUCCGCUGCCUGGGACAACACUCGUGGGACUUUUUUGGCUCAUGGUGGGUUGUUGGAGUUGUCAAGGAUCGUCAUCAGAUGUGGACGUUAACGAAGACGCCACAACAUCGCCACCAACUGCUACGACACAACAGGAACAACCUCAACCGAGUACUUCGAGUGGUGGUACUUCGAAUCGUAGAGGACAAGUCACACCCACUAGAAAUGGACAACUGUUUAGUAAUAUAGCACCCUCGACAUCGUCAUAUUCGUACCAUAAACUCGACAAUAAUCGACAAAUUAACCGAGGUGUUGGUGAGAAAAACUUUUCGACGAGCACGCAUCCCAACCAAAUAUUUUAUGAUGAGGAUGACGACGACGAGGAUGACGAAUUCUUUAACGGAGAGAAACAAGCCUUGUUAAGCAGUGUGAAAUGUGACCAUUUCAACCACAAAGGUGAUGAAGGAACAGUACCAAUAAGUGACAAUAAUAAGCAAGAUGACAUCCAAAAAUUUCCUUCUUCCUCCAUUUCCGGUCCAGGUUCUUCAAAUCCAAAUUCGACAAUAUUAACAUUUCCCGAGGAUGAAGAAGAUGAUGACUUGAACUUGAACAUGAGUUUUGAAAAGUGGUCUGAAUCCGACAAUAAUAAUUCAUUUACCAAUAUUCGGGGAAUGAGUGAAAGAAUGAUGAAAAGGUUGCCUUCCCUGCUGGGGAGAAAAUUUUGGAAAAAAUCUUUUUGAAAGUUUUUAUUUUGGGAGUCUUCCCAACUGGAAGAGAUACGUAAUAACAACGUCAAAAUAACGUUAUAUAAGUUACUUCAACGUUGUUUUGAUGUUAGGCUUGGCCGCUAAAAUCACGUCAGAAUCAAGUUGAAAUAACUAAAUUUGUGUGAUUUUCACAUAAUUCCUACGUAAUUUCUGCACGUUAGUUUAACGUUUUUCUGAUAUGUUAAAAUAACGUUAAAAUCGUGUUAAUACCACAAUUCCCACGUAAUUUCAACGUUGAUAUGGCGGCCAAACGUAACGUCGUAUCCACAUUCGGAAUUUCUACUUGGGUUACCUCGUCUGAGGAGUCGGGAAUAAUUAAAGAUUAUGACUUGACGAGGAAGGGAUGACCAUUGCCUCACCGGCGACAAUAAUACGACAAUAAUAAAAAUAACUAAUUGAAAUUAAUAGAAAGUCUGAAACUGUAUACAUAUUUACAAACAUAUUUUUGGUCCUAAAACUACACUUAAAUUAUACAUUAAGACAUUUCUUCAAAAAUACAGAAAUUCUAUAAAGUGCGACAAAAUCGGAAAGUACGAUUUGCUGCCUUUUUGUUUUUUAUGAUUUUUCAUUUAAACACCACAAAAAUUAUAGUAAACCAACUUCUCGCCUCAAAAUCAACCACUUGCUAUACGACGAAUCUAACUAAACUACUUACUUACCUAUGUAACUAACUAACCAACUAUGUAUUUAAGCUAUGUAAAACUGCUUCAUGAAUGAGACAAGUGUGAUUCUCAUUUAAGAGUCAAACCAAAUCCAAACCCCAAAGCGAAUAAGCGAACGAACCAACCCUUCUCCAAUUUAUUUCCUUCCCUUCCCUGUAGAAUUGCAUUCUCAACAAUAUAAUACAACUUUCUGACUUUGGUUUGCAUUUAGUGCAGUGAUUGUAGUCAAGUCAGUGUGGCUUCACCCUUCACAAGCACUUUUACAACGUGGCGUGGUCUGUUCUGUAAUCAUAUCGUUUAUUUAGUUUUUGAUUCAUGAUUUUGUUCCAUUUUCACUUUUAGAUUCUGUUAAUAAUAGGAGAACUUAUUUGUGAAAAGUUGUUAUAAUUGUGACCUGACAAUUUUUGUGGGAUUGCAUAAAAACUUAACCUGUUAAAAUAUUAUAUAGAUAAAGUUGUUGUACAUAAUCUUAACAAGCCGGCAAGAUCACAAUGUAAUAAGUAAUGUGCGUGCAAGGUGACUGACACUUUGAGAUACUUGCGCCCAGAUAAGAACGUAUCAUGGACUAGUGGAUAUCCGCCGCAACUUCAGUCAGAUAUUGUACAGCGAUAAAUUUGCAUAACUGGGACGAAAAUUCGUAUGUGUCGUGUGCGUACAUAAUUCUGGUUUUAAAUGCUGACAUCGUUUUACACAUUUUAAUGACAUUUUUAUCCUAACGAGUGCGUGGAACAAGAAAGGGAAGAAUUUAUUAGAGUGACAAUGGUGAAUAAUAUGAUGAGGACUCAUCAUGGAGUGGGAGGAGGUCGGCUUAUCUUGAUUUUGGGGACAUUCUUACUCCUUGUGACGCAAGAUGUCCACGGGGCGCGAGAAUAUUAUGGCAAGUUGAUAGGCCAGUUGACAACGUAUGCGCAUAAAGUGUCGGGGAAAGUAUAUGCAGUCGAUGAGGACACGUUGUUCAUUAAGGAUUUCACGUACGACGGACUUGGACCAGACGCCUACUUCUGGAUUGGGACAGGGAAGAAUGGCGACCCGUCCCCCUCAGGCGUCCUAGUUCCUUACCCGGACGACUACUCCGACAGGGAACCUCCCGUACUGAGGGACUUUGACCAUGAAGAUGUCAUCCUGCAUCUUCCUCCGGGCUAUAAGGUCAAGGAAAUUGCCUGGCUGUCCGUUUGGUGUCGGAGAUUUACGGUAAAUUUUGGCGACGUCAAAAUCCCGAAAAAUCUCAAAGUGCCGCAACGCAAAGUCCUUCCUGAAUUUAAGCGUCUCGCCCAUGGGGUUCGUUCCGGAAACAUAACUAUUCUCGACUCUAGAACGUUUUACAUUCCGAACCUGUACUACGAUGGAGCCGGACCAGAUGCUUUCUUUUGGGUCGGGACUGGCACCGAGCCUCACACCGGGGGGAGAAAAAUCCCCAAUGAGAAAGGAAGCCUGGAUGUUCUCUCGGGAUAUGAAGGGGAGGAUAUCGAGAUUACGUUGCCCGAGGAGUUGACAGUGUAUGACAUUGAUUGGCUCUCGAUGUGGUGCAUUUCCUACAAACACAAUUUCGGGCAUGUCCUCAUCCCCAAGCAGGGUUUAGACGUUCCUCCGUCCCUGGACAAGUUUAAGCGAGCGGUGAAGUCAAGUAGCCGGAGCACCCCGUACCCCAUUCCAUAUCAUAUUUAUACCAAUACCCGAAAUAAUCACCAUCAUCAUCACCACAAUAAUAAUAACUUUAAUAAAAAGAGCUCUAGCACGGUGGCCACGCCUAAAGCACAACGCCCGAAAGACUCGUACUCCAAUUGUCGCGACCUACUCAACAAGGAUGUCCAACUGCAGUGGGAGGUGGACGGCGAGUACGUCAAGUUCAAGCUGUCUGGGCGGAUAUCGGAAAAACAGUGGGUGGCUUUGGGCUUCAGUCCGAUGAAGGGGAGGACGCAGAUGGUGGGGGCGGAUGCGGUUGUCGUCUAUCAUACGCCAAAUCAGAGGGAAAAGUUCCAUGCGGAUGAUUACUACAUGUCAGCAAAGUCACAGUGCGAUGGCAAAGAUGGAGUUUGUCCGGAUAAAAGAAUCGGUGGGAAGAAUGAUGUCCAAGUAUUGGGUGGCGCAAGAAGGAACGGCGUUACCACCGUACAGUUCAGAAAGCCGAUGAAACCAAUGGACAAGAACUGGGACAUGGCACUGGACGGCGAAGAGAUUAAUAUUUUCGUAGCGAUCGGCAACUUGAAUGGGAGGAAUGAGGCGAAUUAUCAUUUUGGACAGAGGACAGGUUCUGAAGCUCACAAACAAAAAUCUCAUCACAACCACGAACAUCAUGUGGUUAACUAUCAUAACGAGAAACGAACCUCGCCAGAAGAGGAUAUCCGAAUCGCUCCCAAAGGAACGAAUGACCACUCUUGCAUCAAACUGAUUGACGAAUCUCCGGCCGAAAACGGUCCAAGUCUUCGCCCCUGGCCAUCCAACAUUAUCGAGGGUGUGACCAACUUUACGGCAAGGAUUGGCCCCACUGGGGGCAAACGGGGCUACACCGUCAUCACAGAGGGAAUCAUAGAUGGUGAAUGGGAUUUGUUACCUGGCACAGGAAAUCCAUCCUGGGGUAUCGCUUGGUUCAUAAAUGAUCAACUGAUUCCAGAAAUUUAUGUCGAGCGUGGUCAAACUUAUCACUUUUGGGUGGAAGGAGGGGAUGAUAGUGGAAAUCCAGCCAAAUACCACCCAUUCUACAUUACAAACAGCUCCGAGGGGGGUUACGGUCAGAAGAGUGAGUAUGAACAAAGCCAGCAAAAGGUGUACGCCGGUGUGGACUAUGACAUCGCUGGGUAUCCAUUUCCAACGGCAGCUGGACGAUACUGUGAAUGGGAGCACAAAACGGUGGACAAAUCCGCGACAUCAGAAACAUUCCAGGACUUUAUGAAAACGCUAAACUUGGUUUGUGAGGACGGACGUCCAUCCCAACUUUCCUGGACGGUGUCAAUGGACGCGCCUGAUCUCUUGUACUAUCAGUGCUACACCCACAAUAAUCUCGGAUGGAAAAUUCACGUAGUCAACUCAGGGGAACGGGUAACUCGUGACACGCUAAAUUCAUCUUCGCCAUCGGGAGGAGCGACGCUGAGCGUCCUUUCCCUCGCUAUCUCGUCAUUCCUUGUGAUCACUGCUGCCAUAUAGAUAAUCUACUUCUCGUGGUCGUCAUAUACAUAAUAAUUAAUGGUUAAUAAUUAUAAUUAUUGUAAAAAAAUCCAUCGUUAUCAUAAACUAUUAAGCAUUUAGCUAAUCGUAAGAAGAGCACACUCAGCUCUUGGAAAGAGAGUAAAAUGAAAUAGUCACGUCGCUGCGAAUAAUAUGUAAAUAUGUAAAAUAUAGAAAUAUGUAAGUACCGACCUCAUAAAAUAAUUGAAUGGGAAUGUUUCCGUAAUUCCGAAUAAGCUGCAGAAACUCGUAGAUACAUUCUAGAUAGAAAAAUUCACAAUUUUUUGUCAGCAUUUCAGUACGUAAUUCUUACAGAAAAGGUAAAGUAUGAUAUCAAUAUAAUGUCAAUCAAUUCAUAGGAAACUGUCAAGGAAGACAACAACUCAUUAAACUUGUUGCUAUUUAUCCUGCACAGUUAUCGAAUUUUAUCUUAUCAUCAUGAUUAAUCGGAAAGUAAUCAAAUCCAAUCCAACGUAGUGAAAGUCAAGUUUUAGGUAAGGAUAUGCAUUCCUAAAAAUCAACCCGGUACAAAUACAAAUCAUUUAGUGCAUAAUCAAUCAAUCGAAAGUUGUUAUCAUUAUCAUGAUCGUUUUGCCCACCCACCCAACUCAAAUUUAAUACAGGAAGAAUUCAUCAACCAAUUUUUACUAGGACAUUGGUUAGUUUAAUAAGAGUGAAAGUCAAAUAGAGCUGGUUCCUCCACUUUUUAUGAUCUUUUUCCUAAAUAAGCAUACAUAAUACUGAUGUAUUUAGGUGUUUUUAUAAAAAAAGAUAAUGAGGACGUAUUACUUUGGUAUUAAUAGUUAGGUUACUUCGUGUCAGAAUUAUGCCAUGUUGCAUGUUGCAGUUACAAAUGAGAUUCAUGUUAUAAAAAUAUGUACUUAAAAAGAAUGAUCGCGGACAAUACUGUAGAAAUGAGAUGAAACUAUUUAGUUUAGUAAUUAUUAUAAGUAAUUAAGUAAUUAAGGUAUGAUAAUUAAUACAUAUUUCACGGUACGUAUUAACCUAAUCUUCUGUGAGUUAUCGACAAUACACUAAAACUGAAACUGAUUGAAUAUGGAUGACUUGAUUAAUACAAAUCACUGUCCUUCCAAAAAACAAAACAAAACCGAGAACAAUAAGUGGAAAGCUCGUAACGAUGCUGUUCUGACAAUAAAACUUUAGCGUGUAAUGAUGAACCUAAUUAAUAAGGAGAACAUAAUUAAGAAAAGUAUUAAAUUUUUAUUCUCAUUUUGCAUUUCAACUCUUACAAUUUGAUUCUGUAUUCUGUAUCCUAUUGUGACGUGGCCUUUCUUCUAGCCAAGUGGUUUAUUGUCAUGUUUUUUUUGUCUUCAAAAUUACGAACUGAAUUUUACAUUUGGACUGUUCUUAAAUUUAUUAGGAUUAAAAAGUACAUAGUUUUAUAGGAUAAGUAAUAAAAACCAGUAAUAAUAAAUAGCUGUAUGGACAAUACUACACCUACUCAUAGGUUAAUGCUGUGCAGACAAUAAUUGCAAACAGCUUCGUGAUUAAUGGACGAAUAAGUCAUAAAUUAUGUCAAGUUAGUUUUAAUUAAUGAAUAGCUAAAUAUGUAUUAAAAAUUAUGGAUAGUGUGAUUUAGAAUGAAAGUUGUAAACCGAAUCAUGAUAAAAGUAUGAUAAUAAUUA